AUGCCGUUCGGGCCGCGACAACCGAACCGCAUCAGCCGUGAGCGGGGCAACAUCCUGAAGAACCUGACGGGGACGCAGGAGUACGAAAAUCACAUCGUCACCAGCCGGCUCGAUGCAUCGGAACCGGUGCGCAUGAUGUACCGUGGCAUUCGCGAGGUCUACAACCGACUGCUCGGACCGACGGGGAUGCGGGACGAAGGGGUGGCGCUGCAGGCACGCGUUCCACCCAGCGUUCCCUUUCCGUGUGACGUCCGGGGGUUCCGGAGUUCACCACCACCGUCCAGUGUCCACCGGCUGAAGCCCGGUGAUUUCGAUGUGGUGGCGGCUCUAGGUGAUUCGCUGACCAGCGCCACGGGAGCCAACUCACGCCAGGUCUGGGAGUUACUGAUCGACAAUCGGGGCCUGUCGUGGUGUAUCGGGGGCCAGGGUAACUGGCGGUCGUACCUGACGUUGCCGAACAUCCUGAAAGAGUUCAACCCACAGUUGUUCGGGUACUCGUUUGCGGACUCUUACAACGUGCAUCUACCGUCGCAGUUUAAUGUGGCGGAAAUCAUUGCGACCACGAGCGACAUGCCGUACAAUGCGGCAUCGCUGGUCGAGCGCAUGAAGUCGGACCCACGCGUCAACUGGAAGAAACACUGGAAGCUGCUCACACUGAUGAUCGGCGGCAAUGACUUCUGCUCGGACGUGUGCUACCAAACGAACGCGACGGAGUGGAUCAACCGGGACCAGGAAAAGUAUCUCCUGACCACGCUGCACUACCUCAAGAAAGCCAUGCCAAGAACGCUGGUGAAUCUGGUGCCCUCGCCACUUAUCAACCUAUCGUUCUCGAUCGACAAGGUGCAGGCCCCGCUGACGUGCCAGUUCGUCCGUCCGAUCGAAUGUUCCUGUCUGUACGGUCCGAAGUACUCCGCGAGGCGGAACCUCUACCGUCAGCUGGAGCGUCGUUUCGUACAGAUCAUGGAGCGCGUUAGCCACCGGCCCGAGUUCCACAGCGAUGAGUUUACCGUCGUCUACCAGCCGUUCUAUCGGGACGCCUCGGUGUUCUAUCGGCGCGACGGUAAGCCGGACCUAUCGAUCAUGGCGAUCGAUUGUGUCCACCUGAGCCAAAAGGGCCACGCGGUCUCGGCGAACGGGCUGUGGAACAACAUGCUCGAGCCGGUGCGCCACAAGACCACGGCCCUGCGUGAACUGUUCGAAGAGUUCCGGUGUCCCACGGCCCACAACCCCUACAUUAGGACGUACUUUAACGGCUGA